AUGGCAAAUGUUAAGAAGUUCAAUGCUCUUAUUGUUGAUGAUGACUCUAUAGUUCGAGCCAUGAACAUGAAGUAUUUAACUAGAAAUGGAUUUCAAGUUGAAAUAGCUGAAAAUGGUCAAGAAGCUGUUGAGUAUUUUCAUGCAGGCAAUCGUUUUGAUCUAGUCAUAAUGGACAUGGAAAUGCCUAUAAUGGACGGCUUUCAGGCUACAAAGGAAAUUCGAGCUUUGGGAGUGAGGAGUUUGAUCAUUGGCAUGUCUGCAUCUUCUUCGCAAACAAAGAUUCAAGAGUUUGUUAGUGCAGGGUUGGAUUAUUUCUAUCCUAAGCCUAUGAACAUGGCUAAACUUGCAGCCAUUGUAGGUCACCUUAAUUGA